CUUUGUUAAUCAGCGAAGGCGAGGGAAACCUCCAGUGGUUAGAUAGACCACAAGCUGGGCCGUCUUUGGCUGCACGUUGGGAGGCGAGAGAUGGGGGCGAUUGCACCGCUCCCAUGCAGACUGAGGCUUUAGCUUUUGCUGGAGGUCCGGAGGGGUGUGAGCCGUGCCCCGGGGUGUGGCGCGGCGCGGGGGGCUCCCCGGGCCGGCUGGUGCUGGCUGCGGGCGCUGGGUGCGGGCGGGCCGGCCAUCGCCGCGCUGCCGCCGCCGGGGCCGUGCGAGGGGCGCCCGCAGCGCUCCAUGCGCAGGGUGCGGGGCGCUGGCCCGCUCGGCGGCUGCGGCCGGGGACUGCUGGUUCUGGGGAAGGGACUGUCCAAAGGUUCCCCAAAUCAUUGUCUCUCUGGAAAAAGUGGAGUGUCUCUUCCAUCAGUUUUUGCAAAAAAUGUGCAAGAAGCCAUUGACAAUUAUACAUGUGAAACGCUUUCAUCUAGUGAUUGUACAACACCCACAGAGUUGAAUAAUUCUUGGUCUGGAAUAAACAGCUGUACUACUAGUUUGUCUACUGAAAGAAGUUCAGUUUACUCCUGGAGGGAUGAUGAAUUUGAUAAAGCCAACACACAGAGAGUGCAGCAGUUAUUUUGGGAGAUUGAUGAAAUGCUGUUUGAAGGAAAAGUGAGCUCCCAAACAGAGAACCUGCAGGCAGAAUGUGCAGAUUGGGUUGAACAAUUUCCUCAUCUAAGGGUUCUAGGAAAGCAGCUCCUAGUGCCAAAGGAUGAAGGCUUUCAACAUUUUCAGAGCAGAAAUGAUGCCCAUAUAGAUACUGAGCACGUGCCUGGCCUCCAUGAAUGUACUGGUAAUACAAAAGAGCUCUGUAUCUCAGGCUCUAAACUGAUCCCAACAGCAUCUCUAAUACAUAAAUCACUGGAUUCAAAUUCCACUGGGAUUUCUGCUUCCAACUCAGCCAUAUAUUCUUUCCUGGAAGAAGAAAUUUAUGAUGAGGAUGGACAAAUAGAGGAAUAUCUUGCCUUUGACAAGGAGGAACUUGAGGAUGAGAGUUGGGAGCAACAGAAAAUGCGUCUUUCUGAGAAGAGGUGUAAGCGUGGCAUUCCCCCUGUUUCUCCCAAUGCCUGUAUCAAAGAUGCUGUGGCUUCUGAAGUAUUUGAUCAUGUCUGGAGCAAUGUCAUUGGAAUACUGGCGGAACUGAUUAAAAAAAAUUGGGAAACUAGUAUCCCAGAGUGUGACAAACAAAUAGAAAAACUGAAAACUGUUACAACAAAACUGCCACAUUUGCCAGUCAUUCAUACUACAACAGAUGCUGGGAGCAUUCGUGUUUCAAAAGGCUCUGAGGCACAAAAUGUAUCUUUUGGGGCUCAUUCCAUUCCAUCACAGGUUCACCGUUUCUCCAGCAACUUCUAUAGUGAUCUGAAUCGUGUGAUGACAAUUCAAGCAAAACCACUCCAGCAGAGGCAUGUUGCCACAGCAGAAAAAAUACAGAAUGAGCAAGAAGACAAACAGCAUAGCAUUGCCUCCAGCGCUCCGAGUUCAGCACAUGCUAGAUUGGGGAGAAUUUCUGCUAACAGUGUUCUCCCAUCAUCUCCAGCGCCACUGGCACCUUCUAAGAAACUACCAAGACUACCUUCUCUCACCUCUGACCAGCGCCACUUAGAACUUCCUAACAUGUACAAUGAUGAAAUCUGUAAAGGGACGAAAUGGGUUGCCAGCUGGGAUCGUUUAUCUUCUGCUCGUGCACGUACAGCCCGGAACAAGUUGCCACCAAUAAACUCUGAGGCUGUUGAGCAACAUCUUUCAGUAUCUCGAAUGCAGCAGGGCUCUCUUCAAGAACGGUAUGCUCAUAGCAGAGUGUCAAGUGCAGUGGCUGGCAGGACAGAGCAACGCCCACUCAGAGAAAGAACUGUUGCUGUUGAUCAGUUUUCAAGGCCCAGCACAACUCAUACUUUCAGGAGAGACACACCUCAGAAAAAGUCACUGACUCCCAUGGAUUUUGCUAACCACAGAAGGACAGGCCAAGGAUUUUUGAUAACAGGUUCACAGAAUUACUCCAGAUCCCUUCAGAAAAAUCCUCCAGCCUCAAGGAAGAGAUUUCAGAUUGCUUCUUAACCUGUCUUAGAAAGAAACAGAAACUAUCUGCACUGAAUGAAAGACUGAACCACUAAAUUUGCCACCUAGUAUUUUGUGUAACAAAGAAGGUGUGCAUUAUGCUGAUAUCUGCUGAGCCUUGCAAUCCUCAGGAUACCUACAUUACCUUCUUUUAAAAUUAAUUGAUCAGAGGUUAGAUCAACUAUUAGAGUAAAAUGAAAUAAAUGGUUGAGGUGUCCAUGCUCUUGUUUUCAGUGUCAAGAGACUGCGGCUGCACUUUUUUCUCAGGCAUUCCUCCUUUUUUUGCCUUUCCUAGGGAAUUGUUAUUCUACCUAUAGAUACAAAUAAGAUAGGUUUAGAACUUAAAGUUGUGGUCCCACUUUUUUUGUUUCCUCAGUGUCAAAGAUGUUCUAGUCUAUCUAAAUAUCAGUCAUAUAAAAUUUAUACUUCUAACAGGAGUGUUUGCAGUAUUUCCUCUUUAACUGCUGUUUUAACAUUUUUUUUUUCAUUUUUCAGUCUGUCUGCUUGUUGCAGUUGAUCUCUUACAAAUGUUGUCUUUACCUACUUUUUCUUCUUCCUUUUAAUGCUUUAGAAACCUUAUUAAUUGCUUUUACUUACACUGUUCUAAUGAUCAGUAACUAUGGGAACUGCUGAGAUAAAUUUCAUUUACAGUAAGUAAUGUUUUCCCUGCCAAGCCAAACAUGUUUAUAGAUGCUGAGCAGGUGAACCAGUGUGCCGUAAUACUGGUUAAUCUGUAAGAUUAACCGUAAGAGCAUUCUUAAUGCUAAGAAUCCGUAAGAGCAUUCCCACUUUUUUGAGGUUUCUUGUACCAGUUAAUCAUAUUUUGAAAUACACGAAACUUCACAUUUUAAUAAGGAAAUAUGUACUUAAAUGAUGAAAGCAUUAUUUCAUACCUCUUUGUGUAGACCCAAGUGGGAAAAUCAAAGAGGAAAUUGGGAUUGUGUUCUGUCCAGAGAUCACUGCACUGAUGAUGUCCCUGGCUGUUAGUACUGUGUGCAUUCACAGUCAGGGAUUCCACCUUCCAUCAGAGAGCCAACAGGUGAAGUAGAUGUGGUUGAAGAGCUGUUGAAGGGUAAAGGAAGGAGAAAAAGUUCCUUGCCCAAAUUGUGAAGUGAAGACGGGUAACAGUUUCUUCUACUUGGGAGCUGAUACAAGCUCUCCUCAAGUUUUAUGCAUGUUCAAGGAUCGAUAAUCUAAAGCAAAGCAUUUGUAUAUUUUAUAUCUGUAUUGUUAAUCAGAUUUCUGUUUUUUGUAAAUGGUCAUCAAGCACUGUAUUCUUUUGAAUACUGGCUAAAUAUGUUUCUUCUUCGACUAAAGCUGAACAGUGGUGAUGAUAUGGUACAGUAUCUGAGAAAGCAGCAUGCUUUAACUUUGGAGUUGCAGAUCAAUUUCAUACAGUUGCCUGUCAAUUUGAUGCAGCUUCUUCAGAAAAUAUACCAAAAAUGACAUCGCUUCCAAUAUUCACUUUCCAAAAUUCAAAGAGCAGAACAAUUAGCAUCUGCUUCUUCAGCUUAAAAGGAAAGAUUUGCUAAUUACUAAAGGAGCAAUGGAUCGCUCUCAGGUGGCAAGGGAGAGGGAAGAAGGAUGUUUGCUGUCUACCAGAAGUAGUUUAACACUUCUCCCUUUUGGUCUGUUUUUGGGCACCUGACAAUCACUGGUCAUGUUACCUCCUGAUAAUCAACAUAGACUGAUUCCAGGUUGGAAGGGACCUUAAGGAUCAUCUGGUCCAAUCUUUAUUGCCAAAAGCACAGUCUACACAAGAUGGCCUAGCACCCUGUCCAGCUGAAUUUUAAGUGUCCAGUGUUGGGGAAUCCACCACUUCCCACCCAAUGGAGAGAUUAUUCCAAUGGCUGAUUGUUGUUCUCAUAGUGAAGAGUUUUCUUCUUGUCCAAUCAGAAUCUUCCCAGGUGUAGCUUGCACACAUCACUCCUUGCCUUUUCCAUAAGACUCCUUAUGAAAAGGGAGUCUCAAUCUUCUUCUUCUCUAAUCCUUUAAAUAGGGGAACAUGGUGAUAAGUGUGCCCUAAGUUUCUUUUCUCCAUGCUGGACAAACUGAGUUUUCUCAGCUUUUCCUCACAUGACAGGCUUUCCAGUCCUUUGGUUAUCUUUGUUGCCCUUUACUGCACCUUCUCCACCUUAUCCACAUCUUUCUUAUAUAGCAGGGACCAACACUGAAUACARUAUUCUAGGUGUGGCCUGAUCAGAACUGAGUAGAGUGGGAUAGUGACUUCUUUAUCUCUCCUGGUGUUGCAGCCAAGUCUCCUGUUGUCUUUCUUUGCUGCAGCAACAAGCUCUUCACACACACUGAGCUGCUUGUCCACCAGGACCCCCAUGUCCCUUUCCAUGGAUCUUGUUUCUAGCCAGAUUGAUCACCAGCCUGUGCUGCUCCCUGGGAUUCUAUUUUUCCAUGCACGUGACCUUAUCCUUACUGAACCUCAUAAAGUUUCUGUUAGCCUUAUUUUCCAGCCUGUCCAGGUCUUCCUGCAGGGUGUCUCUCCCUUCCAAAGUGUCCACUUUCUCACUCAGUUUGGUAUCACUGACAAGAUUCGUCAGGGUACACUUGAUGUCAUAACUGAAACCACURAUGAAGGUGCUGAACAGCACCAGGCCCAGUAUCAUUCCCCGGGGCACUGCACUUGUGAUAGGUGCCAGUGUGACAGGGAACAAUUUACAACCACCCUGCAGGUGUGACCGGUCAGCCAAUUCCCCACCCACUGCACGGAUCACACGUCCAGACCAUCACACAAACAUUUCUGUUGGAAGAGGCCGUGGGAAACCACAUCAAAAGCCUUGGAGAUACCCAGGUAGACAAUGAGCAGCACUUGCCCCAUAUCAGCCAAGCAGGUCCGUUUGUUGUAAGAGGCAAUCAAGGUACUGAAUUUACCCUUGGUCAAUCUGUGCUGGCUUUUCCUAAUCAUGAACUUUAAUUGACUUGUGACAGCCCCCAGGAGAAUUUGUUCCAUAAGUUUCUCAGGGACCAAAGUAAGACUGAUGGGCCUGUAAUUUUCUGGCUCUUCCCUCAAGUGCUUUUUGUAGACAGGAAUGACAAUAGCCUUCUUUCAGUCUUCUUGGAUUUUCCCCAAACUCCACUACUCGAUUAUGGUGAGUGGCCUUGCAGCUCACCUUGGUUAGAUACUGUCAGAGCCCAUCAAUCUCCAGGGGUCAAGCUCCUUUAAUAGCUCACAUACUGAUAGUGAACUAUUAAAUUUUCUUUUUGAUUCUUCCUUCACUGAUGGUGGGUUUGGUGUGUUUGCUUCAGUCAGGAUUUUUUGUUCUCAGGGCCUGGUGUGCGUGAAAGGACAUAGGCGAAGAAAGUGUUGAGAACCUCUGCCUUUUCAGCCUUGGUGACUAGUUUAUCUCCUGUUUAGCAGCAGGCAAAUACUUUCCUUCUGUCUCUGCUUGUUUACAUACCUGUCCUGGUUUCAGCUGGCAUAGAAUUUAUUUUCAUCCUAGUAGCUGACACAGUGCCAUGUUUUAAAUUGGUGUGAGAAUAAUGCUGAUUUCACCUUAAUGUUACAGUUAUUGCUCAGUUGUGUUUGCCCUACAUCAAAGACUUUUCUGAGUCCCAAGCUCUGACAGUGAGAAGGUCUAUGAGAAUCUGUGAGGGAGCAUUACCAGGACAGCUCUGGUCAAAGGGAUAUUCAAUACCACAGAAGAUCCUGCUCAGUAUAUGAGCUGAGAGGGUUGAGGGGGGGGCCAUCACUGCUCAGGGGUGGACUGAGAUUUUGUCGGUGGUAAGCAAUUGUAUUGCGCAAUUGCUUGUGUUUCUUGGAUUUUAUUCGUCUCUCCUUUUCCUAUUGUCAUUUUAUUUUACUAUAUUUCAAUCAUUAAACUCAUCUUGACCCAUGGAUUUAUCUUGGUUUUGAUACUCCUCUGGGGUGGGCUGUAUGCAUGGUACUUUGUUUUGGUCUGGGGCUAAAYGAUCUCAGCACCUGAAAUAUCCUUUCUUGUAGUUUUUGGCAUCUCUGACCAAUUUCUAUUUGACCUGAACUUUUGCCUUUCUAACUUCAUCUCUGCACACCCUCACAAUGCCCUUGUGCUUAC